UCUAGUCCAUCUGUCAAACCGUAACCGUCAAAGACUUGUCCGCUGUCAAUCAUCACAAUGAAAUUUUGGUCGCCGAUGAUAAAGUUCUCGAUCUAAAUCACAAUAUAUCUACGAAAAAUGGCCCUAACGCUAUGGAAUCUGUUCGAAACGACUCUGCUGUGCCUCAACGCUUUCACCAUCAUCAACGAAGAGAGAAUAGCGAAUAGACUUGAUGUAGAAGGAGGAAAAACAAAAUUGUCUUUUGAAAAGGAUGGAGCGAAAAUGCAAGUGUAUAAUUUCGUCCACUCUAUCAGUACGAUAGCUAAAUUUCCUGUGAUUCUUCUGAACAUCAUUACAAUCCUGCUGAAGCUGAUACUGGUCUCCUGAACAUAUUUUGCGUUUACAAGGUUGAGGCUUACUUGUACAUAAGACUAUGUUAUGUAAACAAAUUGUUUUGCAAAUAAGUAUUUAGCACUAUAAUGGAAUUUUAGUAAACGUAUGACAUAUUCCGGUUCUGUUAUCUGUGAAAAUGUCUUUGGAAGUAUCGACAAUAUAAUUCAAAGAAAGUUGGUACUGUUCAAGGAUCAGCUAUCACAUCCCUUGCUUAAUUUUCACUGAAAUGCUGCAAUGGGUUUUUGAGGAACAAAAAUUUGGUGACAGCAGAAUCGAAAAAAUGUAACGCAUUUUCCUGAAAUAAAUUCAUUUAAAAAAUAAUAA